GAACUUGCCAUUUCCAGGGGUUGAGGUGACACUAGCAUUUAGCCUAUUCCACCAAGAGUCUAUUGGGCAGCUCCUCCUCUGCCUUGCCAGGUAUAAAGGACUGUGUUGUGCUUGCAUAGCUGCUACUGUCAAGAUGGAGACACACAGCUUGGCUCUUCUCUUCCUUGGCAUCAUAGCGGCCAAGAAUGAUGCCAUCAUCAUGGAGAGAUGCAAACUGGCAACCAUCCUGAGGGACGAGGGCAUGGAGGGCUUUGCAGGCACCAGAAUAGAAGAGUGGAUUUGUUUGGUGUCUCACACAAGUGGCUUCAACACAUCAGCCCUUAUCAUGGGGCCAACAGCCAGCAAUUACGGGAUCUUCUUACUCAGUGGAAGGUGGUGGUGCAGAGAUGCCAAGACACUGGAUACACGCAACCAUUGUAACUUGAGUUGUGGUGCUCUCCAGGAUGACAACAUUACAGAUGACAUUGAUUGUGCAAAGAGGGUCGUGCAAGGAAAGAAGGGCUUCAAAGCAUGGAGAGCUUGGGGAAAAUAUUGCAAGGGACAAGAAAUGAAACAAUAUAUUGCACAUUGUGAUCUUGGAAAAAUCACCCCUAUGACACUGGUCCCAGCAACAAAACGUCAUCCAAAACCUACCACCCCCCCAAUGAGGAAGGAUCAAAUCACCCCUAUGACACUGGUCCCAGCAACAAAACGUCAUCCAAAACCUACCACCCCCCCAAUGAGGAAGGAUCAAAUCACCCCUAUGACACUGGUCCCAGCAACAAAACGUCAUCCAAAACCUACCACCCCCCCCAAUGAGGAAGGAUCAAAUCACCCCUAUGACACUGGUCCCAGCAACAAUACGUCAUCCAAAACCUACCACCCCCCCAAUGAGGAAGGAUCAAAUCACCCCUAUGACACUGGUCCCAGCAACAAAACGUCAUCCAAAACCGACCACCCCCCCAAUGAGGAAGGAUCAAAUCACCCUUAUGACACUGGUCCCAGCAACAAAAAGUCAUCCAAACCUACCACCCCCCCAAUGAGGAAGGAUCAAAUCACCCUUAUGACACUGGUCCCAGCAACAAAACGUCAUCCAAAACCUACCAACACCUCAUUGAAAGAAGAUCGGCCGAAGACCACUCUCCCAGCAAAGGGUCCCCCAAAACCUACUGUCCCUAUUAAGAAGCCCACAAAAGCCAUCAUCCCAGUCAAGGCUCCCCCUAAACCUACCAUCUCAAUCAAGGAGCCUGCACGCUCCACUCUCCCUGAAAAUGGUCUCCCAAAAUUCACUACUUCAUUGAAGGAAACACCAAACUCCAUCAUCCCAGCCAAUGGACCUCCCAAACUGACUGUGCCAGUCAAGGAAUCCUCAAUCUCUACUCUCCCAGCUGAUGUUCGUCUCGCACCCAUUUUGAACCAGGAUGACGAAUAG